UGGGGAUUAGUCGCGAGCUCAUGUUUUGGUCUUUGCAAAAAAUGGCUGAUCUUGUAUCCUCAAAAUUGUAUCAAUCAAACGCUGUCAAUGUGAUUGAAUAAAGUGAACUAAACAACACAUUUGAGAUAUUCGUAAAUAUAGAGAAUUGUGGAACGUGUUUUAAUUGUUUAUAACUAACUUUUAUUUUCUUAUCUGAUCGAAGCGAACUCUAAGUUAUAUUAUGGUUAAUUACUUGCACACGACGUUUUCCCAAACAAUAAUUCCAUAGCAUGCAUUUAACAAUAUCAUGACAAUUAAGUUAUCUCACUCUUCUUCGAUUAAAAAUAAAUUCCAAAGUAAGCCAGAUUGAAAUUUUUAGCUCUUGAUGAUUUUAAAUUGCCUUUAUAACUUCUAAAAAUUUUUAGUUGGUUUUACACAAAAACAUUAGGCCAUAUUUCUGUCAAAAUAAGUAUUUUUGAAUAAUAAUUAUAAUGACUCAAUAUUAUUCAUAGUUGUAUGAUAUUAUAUGUCCAUCGACAAAAGGUCAAGUUAUUUUUCAAUUAAUGAUUUGAGGAGGUUAAAAUUAUAAAAAAGUUUGAAGAUAUGGCGUCUUCAGAAUUUGACUCGGAACAAUUUGAGAAGCGGCUUCAUGGCCUCAAAGAUUCUCAAGAAUCGAUCCAAAGUCUCUCAUCGUGGUGCCUUGAAAGGCGAAUACAUCAUAAGAAAAUUGUAGCGACUUGGUUACAAGUUUUAAGAAAAGUUAAAGUUGAGCACAGAUUGACUCUUUUCUACCUUGCUAAUGAUGUCAUUCAAUAUUCAAAAAGGAAAAAUUAUGAAUUUGUUGAAUCAUGGGGAACCACAUUACAAAGAGCAACAACCUUAGUCCGAGAUGAAAAAGUUAAGCACCGAAUAUUACGUAUUUUCAAAAUAUGGGAUCAACGUCAAGUUUAUGAUGAGGAAUUUCUCACAGACUUAUCUGGCUUAAUUUCGGCAGCUCCGAAAAAAAAAGUAGAAUUACAACCAACAAAUGCUCUUGAAGAAUUUCAGCCAACUUUUCUCAUAUCAACAAUGCGCUCAUGCUCCGCUCUAGAGCAAACAACAGACUUAAGAUUACAAGAAAUGCGUGAUAAUAAUAUUGAUAUUGACAAUUCUGAAGAACUCUGCGUGUCAUUAAAAGAUCGUCGAAAAGUUAAGAAAGCAGAAAAAGAAGUUGAUUUGGCUGUUAAGAAUGUUGAAAACUAUAUAUGUGCUCUAGAGUCAGAAAUUCGCGAAAGAAUCCAAGUUUUGGAUUUAUUAGAACAAGCUGACCAAUAUUAUGAAACACAGCGAAGUGAAGUGAAAAUUGUAACAAACGCUUAUCGAAAUUUUGGAAGUCGUGUAAAAACCUUAAAAAAAAAACUUGAUGAGUUAUUGCCCACAUUGUCAUCACCGAUCCCAUCGCCAGAUAUCAAUGCACCUUCACCGAGUCCUGAUAGUGACAUUGAACUUCCAGAUGAAGAUCAUAAUCAGAGCUCAGCAAUCGAAAUUGCACCACCAUUGAUGUAUGGUUCUUACAGUCAAGAUUAUGAGCCUAUGCCAGUACCACCACCGGAUAUAUUGGAAAAAAAUAAUUCAACAGAUUUUACCAGUAAUUUUUCUUCAUUUAUGGGCACGAAUGUUGAUUUUGAUAUGAGAAAUUUAUUUUCAAACCAUUCUGUGACCCCGAUCAGUGAUCGGACUUACAACAAGGCUAUGCCCAUCGAAGUAAUUAAUAUGAGGCCAUCAAAGACAAACGGAGGCGAAGAAUUCAACUCUAAUUUUAUUAAAAAUGUAUUUUCAACUACAGAUACGGCGCAGUUAUCGAGCGGGAUUCCUGGUCUAGGUCUUGACGUACCUGAGCCACGAAUAGAAUCACCACAACGACCAGAUUACUCACAAUUAUUACCUUCUACUCAAAUAAAUAACUCCACUACAACAUCCCGAAUUAUGGCCGUUCAUGGCUUAUCUCACACUGCUAUAAAAAAUCUUACGAGUCACAGUGCACCAUUAUCACAUGUACUAUUAUCGUACUCGAAUGAGAAUAACCAAAACAAUAUAAUGCCUUUCGAGAAAUCCAGCCCGAACACAAAUAAUCCAUUGCCGCCUCCACCUCUUCCACCGCCAAUUUUUUUAGAUAAUGAUGGAUGUUAUAACAAGCUUCCGCCGAAAUUUCCAACGUGGACAUCAAUAAACGAAGGAAAAAACUUAAAUUCUUCAUGGUCUUCAGAAAAUGUCGAGCAUGAUUGUUGGGAAUCUAGGAAUGAUGAAAAUUGGUCAAAUGGAAUUCAACGAGAAAGUUGCUUAUCUGAAACUCCUGAUUCACCUCCAAUUUAUGAAAAAUCAAGUUUUUGUAAGCCUGUGCAGUACAAUGAUUCUCAAACGGAAGACGAAGUUUUAAAAGGUGCAGCUGAUGUUGAUCACCGAGUUAUUCUUAUACCAGUACCGUCGGAAGACCAGUUACCACAUCGUCUAAUGAAAGGGGCUGAUGUUGAUCAUCGAAAUUUAAUCAGUUUGACUGGAAGUCCAGCCAACAAUGCAGCAAAUACAAACGAAGCUCCUGAAUCGAAUAUUAAUACUUUGUGGACUAUUACUGAUCAAGACUAUAGACGACCGGUUCAACUCGGUGAUAUUGUUGAAAGUGUGGAUAUGGAAAUGUCUGAUGAUGAAACCGACGGCGUUAAACAAAAAAGCCGUAUUCUGGUUGAUCUUAGAUCUCAGGACAAAGAUAUGCGUGCAGGUGUUUCUCAACAAACUUCACGUCAGAUGGAUUUAGAGAUGAACGUUGUAUCGGUUAAUCAUGGACAAAUCUCUAAUAAUGUACAAGAGUCGUUUCCACCACUUUCAUUACAACCUUGUCAACACUCGCAGUCGGAUUUUGCCCCUAACCGGGAUGACUUUCGACAGAACAACCAAGAACUUCCUACAGAUCAAGAAAAUUUCCGACCUGAUAUUUCAUCAUCAGCGUUCAUGAAAAAUCAACCAGCCUUCACAUCAGAAUUUUCCGUUCCACCAGAAUUCCAUCAUCCAGAAAUUUAUGACUUUUCGAACAAUCAACAACAAUCAAGAACUUCUGGAAAAAAAUUUCAUGAUGAAUUAACAGCUCCAAGUAGAUAUUUACAAUCCCAAGAACAUCUACAUCUGCAGCAACAGCAUCAUCAUCACCAUCAUCAUCGAGAAACUACGGUUUUUCAUCGGGGACGAGGAAGAUUCCUUCGAAAUCGUCGUGAUCGAUUUAAUGAAAAUUGCAACAGUCGUCGGUAUCGACGGCAAGAUCAACUGGAAAAUAAUGCAGAAAAUAUUACAAGUAAUCAAGCAACAUUUUUGCAACCACCAGAAACCUGUGUCAUAUACGAUGAUAAUGGCAUACCGAUAAUGCCAGACAGCACCUUAGAUGAAAUUCUGAUUCAAAACAAGAUUAUAAAUGAAACUGAAUCGGAAAAAUCCGAAAAUGUUGAUACAGAAAACUUCGAAACUGAUGAACAAAUCCCGGAACUUAAAGUUCUUGUAAACUCUAAAGAGAUUGCAUGUGAAGAUCGUUUUCAAGAAAAUUCUGCUGCACAGGCUGAGGAACCGUCGCAGAACCUCUCAGAACAUUUUGAGGCACUAAUGAACUCGGGGAAAACAACAGGGGACAACGAGUUGACAAGACAAUCGACAAAUGGAGACAUUACAGAUCAAAAAGAUGAGAACGUUUGUUUACCAUCUAAAACACGAUCACUUUUGCAAAAUGGGCCUUCUUUUCCAAGUCUUCUUGCAACGAAUGAAUUACAUCCUGUGAUUAUUUAUGAUUAUGAAAAUCAACAUGUUACCAGUCCGAAUUUUCGACCGAGAUUGUCGUCCCCCGUUACAGGAAGCAUUUGUUCUCCUAGGCGAGGUAGUGUGCUUCAGCCACACGGCAGAGGAAACUUCAGGGGUUCACCUCGAGUGUCGUGGACUGAUAGAGGAUCUCGUGGUCCACCUACCGUAAAUUAUAUGUCACGAGGAAAUAAUCGAGGGAGUCUAUUUUGGGGCAGCGGAAAUUUCAGUGGCGGGGCCAGUGGUUUUAGAGGGAGAGGACGAGGCACGAAUACGUGGUAAAGAAACAGUUAUGUUCAAUCAAACAUUGCAAUUUUGUGGAGCAAUCUUCAACAGCAUGUAAAUAUUCCAUAUGUUUUUCGUGUGAUAAUAUAAAGCACUUCAUUCGCAUUUCAAAAACUGAAAUGAAAUUGUAAAAAGCUCUAUGCGGUCUCAAAAAGUUUACGUGUACAAAAAUGUAUAUGUAUAUUUCUUAUACUUAGUAAAAUGAAACAUUUCAUGUAUCAAAUAUUUAGGAAAACGAAUAUAUAAGAGUCUGCAUAUUGUUUUGGUGAAUGGCAAAAAUACUUUGAUAAAAUUUAUCGCUUGAUUGAUCUUCUUGACAUUAAAUCUUGUAAUGUGCAUUCAAGUUUAAAGUUAUUAAUGAGUAUAUUUAGAAUAUAUACAUUAAAUAUAUAUUCAUAUCUAGUGUAUAUAAACUAGGCAUCCAAUGAUUUCAGGAUUACAAAACAGUUUGGUUUUUAUUUGUUGGCAUAGACAGAAUAUAUUAGUAAUAAUAUUAAUAUUGUUAUUAAGUUGAAGUAAAUCAUAGCUUAUAAAAUAAAUAUAGACAAAAAAAAUCCCAAAUAUCGUUUGAGUUUGCCAUUGCUAGAUCCACUGUUUCUCCAUUUUUCCUGAGUUAUUGUUUAUAUGAGUUCAUAUGUGAUAUAACUGCAAAGUCACACAGUCCAAUUCACAGGGCAAAAUUUGACUUGCGGCAUUGUCUCCCUGUUCCAGUGUAGAGGACGUGCGGGCAACAGCUAAUGCAAGUACCUAAAUUCUAGUCUAUAUAAACCUGAUAACCAAAUAUUCUUUAAUUCAAAAAUUUUAUUAACAAAACAAUACAAUUAGCAAAAUAUUGUUCAGCACUUUGAUCGUAUCA